UUAAACCAUCAGAAGAAGAACAGCCUGGAGGAGUUUCAUUAAAAAUCAGCCGCAGACAUGAAGUUUUGUGGAGGUGGAGCAGUGCUGGUGCUGCUGCUGCUCGGCCGCUGCUGCUGCACCAGCCCCGGCAGGAGAGUGUGUCAGGGAACAAAAAACGGCCUGAGCAUUUCUGGGAGUCCUGAUAGUAACUAUGACAGCAUGGUGAGGAUGUACUCCAACUGCUCCGUGGUCCUGGAUAACCUGGAGAUCACCUUCACUGGGGAGAACCAGGACCUGUCCUUCCUCCAGUCCAUCCAGGAGGUCGGUGGCUACGUUCUGAUCGCCAUGAACGGGGUUGCAAACUUCCCAUUGGUCAAUCUGAGGCUGAUCCGAGGCCAGAAACUCUACGAUAACCAGUUCGCCCUGGUAGUGAUGUAUAACUACAAGAACGACACUACAGGUCUGAAACAGCUGCAGCUCAGCAGUCUGACAGAGAUCCUCAGAGGAGGAGUAAAGAUGACCCACAAUCCCUUGCUGUGUAACACUGACACCAUCCAGUGGUGGGACAUCCUGGACAGAGCCCGCAAUCCCCGCUUGGUUUUCGAGAAGGACGUCUUCUUACAUGCAUGUCAGAAGUGUGACCCGGGGUGUGUUAACGGUUCGUGUUGGGCAGCAGGACCGGAUCACUGCCAGAGAUUCACCAGGUUGCAGUGUGCGGAGCAGUGCAGCAGGAGGUGUCGGGGUCCAAAACCCACCGACUGCUGUCAUGAACACUGUGCUGCAGGCUGCACUGGACCCCGAGCCGCCGACUGCCUGGCCUGCAGGGAGUUAAAUGAUGACGGGACUUGUAAGGAUACUUGUCCUCCUCUGACAGUCUAUGACCCCAAAACCCGCCAGCUGGUCAAAAAUCCCAACGCCAAAUUCACCCUCGGGGCGACCUGCGUCAAGUCCUGCCCACACAACUACGUGGCAGAUGGUGCAUCAUGUGUCUGCAGCGCUGGAAUGUACGAGGUGGAGGAGAACGGAGUCCAGCGCUGCAAAGCCUGUGAUGGAGCCUGUCCUAAAGUCUGUGACGGAGUCGGGGUUGGUGCUCUGAGCAGGGCCAUGGCCGUUGACGCCUCCAACAUCGAGUCCUUCAGGAACUGCACGAAGAUUAACGGGGACGUCUCCCUCAUUGAGACCUCUUUUACUGGGGAUGUGUACUAUAAAAUCCCACCCAUGGACCCAGCUAAACUGGAGUACUUCAGAACAGUGAAGGAAAUCACAGGUUUCUUGCUGAUCCAGUCCUGGCCGGAGAAUCUGACCUCUCUGUCGGUGUUUGAGAACCUGGAGAUCAUCAGAGGAAGAACAACACGGGCUCUGCACAGUUUUUUGGUGAUCGGUGUGAAGCACCUCCGCUGGCUGGGUCUGCGCUCUCUGAAGGAGGUGAGCGCUGGCCGGGUGUUGUUGAAGGACAACCCUCAGCUGUGCUACACCCAGUCCAAGCAGUGGACCCGCCUCUUCAGAUCCGGCGACCAGACCAUCACCAUGCGCGACAACGCCCCCCCUGAUGUCUGCGAACAACAGAAUCGAACCUGCGACACAGAGUGUACAGAGGAGGGCUGCUGGGGUCCAGGUCCCACCGUGUGUGUCUCCUGUCGGCAUUUCAACCACAGGGGGCGCUGUGUGCCGCUCUGUAACCUGCUGCGGGGUGAGCCCAGAGAGGUGGAGGUGAACGGCAGCUGUGUGGAGUGUCACCCUGAGUGUCUGCUGAAGACCGGGAUCCCGACCUGCCACGGACCGGGUCCAGACCAGUGUUCCCAGUGUGCCCAGUUUAAAGACGGCCCUCACUGCGUGUCGCGCUGCCCCCACGGUGUGCUGGGAGACGGAGACACGCCGAUCUGGAAAUACCCCGACAGGACGGGCCAGUGCCAGUCCUGCCACCAGAACUGCACCCAGGGGUGUUCAGGUCCUGGACUAUCCGGAUGCACUAGUUAAAACCACAACUUUGACUUUUAUUCACCAAAACUCAACAUAACCGAAGGUCACAGAGAAGCA